AUGGUCCGCUUUCCCUUUGUCGCGGCUUUGAUCGCGAUCCUAGCCUGGUUGUCUCCUGUUCAGUCAGCAACGAGCUGCGGGCCCUCCCCGUCCGGUGCCAUUCGACCCUCUCUGGCGUCUGGCUUCAGCAUGCAGGUGGUCGCUACAGGCUUGUCGAAACCGCGCGGUAUCCUCCUUGAUCGAGCAGGGAAUCUGUUGGUGGUGGAACAGGGAAGAGGCGUCAUUUCAGCCCAUACACUUGAUGAGACCAAUGGCUGUGUCUCGGUGGGCACAUCGUCCGACGUUACUUCUGGGUUAAAUCUUAACCACGGAAUAGAGUUGUCGAGUGACGGCAAGACCCUCUACGCCUCUUCUUCCCAAGAUGUCUAUUCCUGGGCUUAUGAUAGUUCGUCAAAGACUGUCUCGAACCGUGCCGAUAUCGUGACGAACAUGGCCGGCAGUGAUCACACCACACGAACUCUGUUGCUCUCUGAGAAAGCCCCAGGGAUGCUCGUGGUCACAAGAGGAAGCACGUCCAACAUCGACAUUGCUGCCGCCAAUCUGGCUUCGGGCCACUCUCAAAUUAAGGCCUUCAACCUGACCAAUCGUACAGACACGGCCUACGACUUUUCCUCUGAAGGGCUUCGACUCGGCUGGGGGUUGAGAAACGAUGUCGGCAUCGCCGAACACCCAUCCUCUGGCGGGAUUUGGUCGGUCGAGAACUCUGGGGACCAGUUGACCCGCAUGGGUGUUGACAUUCAUGAAGACAAUCCGGCGGAAGAAUUGAAUUUCCUGGGCUAUUUGAAUGGGAAAAAGUAUGCCCCUCAAGGUGGCAAUUUUGGCUAUCCCUGGUGCUUCUCUGCCUGGAGUGUCGAUGACCUGCCGGACAACGGCAAUUUGUCGGUGGGGAGUCAGUACGCUGUAGACGCCGACUCGGACUCAAACAACCAGAACAAGACAGACGCGUAUUGCGCUGAUCAACUGCCUGCACGUCUUGUUUUCCAAGCACACAUGGCCCCUCUGGACAUCAAGUUCAACAAUAGUGCACAAGAAGCAUGGGUCACAUUCCACGGCAGUUGGGACCGGACAAACCCUGUGGGAUACAAACUAUCUGUCGUGGAGUUCGGCAAGGAUGGUGAGCCCGUGGAUGAUCUUCAGAGCACCACUGCAGCUCGAGACGUCUUUGCCAAUGAGGACAACUCGAAAUGUCCGGAUGAUUGCUUCCGCCCGGUCGCCAUGGCCUUCGAUUCUCAGGGUCGAAUAUACUUGUCUUCAGAUGCGUCCGGCGAGAUUUAUCUGAUUUCGAAAGCCUCGGGCGCGAGUAUCCCUGGUUCAUCACCUACGUCGACGCCCACAUCUUCAACAUCAUCUUCAGCGUCAUCUUCAGCCACUGCUACCAAUAUUGCCAGCAAUAUCCAGCCCUCACUCUUCAGUGGAGGCUGUAUUUUGUCAUCUGUUGUUACUCUGUUUGGAUUGCUGUUAUAA